CCAAAUAUUCACUCUUGUGGAGUAUCACUUCAACAACCUAGGCAAGCUACCUCAAAUCUUACCAUACCCAACUCAAAUCUAGAUCAAGAUUUCCAAAAAAUUCAGAUCUAAACUUGAAAUCUUGAUUUCCCCUCUCAUUUGAUCACCAUUUCCUUAUAUUUUUGUCCUUAAUUUGAUAUAUCGAAUAUGUUUCGUCUUUCGUAUUCUGAAAAAUCAUAAUGCCAUGUUCUUGAAUUUUUCUGUUCAAGAUUUUCAAAAAAUUCAGAUCUAAAUCAUUUCUCUGGAGCAACUUGAAUCUACCACAUUGUCUUAAAAUCAUAUUUUACGAUAUGAUAUACCGGGUAGGUUUGAUUUGGUUUGGUUUGGAAAAUUGGAAGACCAUGUUCUUGAUUUUUCUGCUCCUCCUUGCUACCACUACUACUCAAGGAUGCACAGCACCACCAGUGAAUUCAUGUCCACCAUUCACUACCACAAUUCCAUAUCCAUUCUCAGCUUCACCAGGCUGUGGCCACCCUUCAUUCCCAAUCAAAUGCUCAGCUCCACAGUCAUCUCUCUCAAUCAACAACCUCAGCUUCUCUCUACUUCACUUUGAGCUGAACUCAUCUUCUCUUCUGCUAACUCCCCGACCAAACCACAAAAAACACACUUGUCUUCCAUCUCUCUCCACCAUUCCUGACCUCCCCAUCAAUCUCUCCCAAACCCCAUUCAAAAUCUCUGAUUCUUCUUGCUCUAGGCUCUCUCAUCUUCACCAGUGCUCACCUCCAAGUCUGCCAAAUUGUAGCCUUUGUUCUUGGGAAUGCAAGCUCAUCAAAAACCCACUAAAUCUUGUUCACAACUGUGCUCCACAGCCUCACUCAAUGUCUCAGCAAGAUUGUCAGCCUGAUGUUCUUGGAUAUCUUGAUAAUUUCUUGAAAAUGGGCCUUGAAGUUGAGUGGACUCAAAACCCUAAUCAAGAAAAUCAAGCUGAAAAUCAAGAUUCAUACUUUUCAAGCUGCAAUACUUGUUUAACAAACAAGGGUACUUGUGGAUACAACACUACUGACCCAGAAAAGCCCUUCAUUUGUUUCAGACCAAAGCCUAAAAUCUCACAAUCACUACUACAUCAACAAUCAUUUCCUCCUCACAAGGUCACAAUUUUAUCUCUAUCUUUCAUAUUUAUAUGCAUUUUCAUUGCAAUUACAAUAGGUACUUUUGUUUUUCGUGCGAAAAAAAUCACAUCUUUGCAAAAUCAAGAAGACCCUACCACUCAAUUUCUUCAUCAGCACCGCUCAGCUAGUCUACUGCCACCUGUGUUUACUUAUGAUGAUCUCGAAAUCUCGACAAAUUAUUUUGACCCAAAAAGGAAAAUUGGUGAUGGGGGGUUUGGAUCAGUGUUUUUAGGCCAACUUGCUGAUGGUCACAUUGUAGCUGUUAAGCAUUUGCACAAGCAAAACUCGAAAACCAAGUCAUUUUGUAAUGAAAUUUUGAUUCUUUCGUCGAUUACUCACCCGAAUUUAGUUAAGUUACAUGGCUAUUGUAGUGAUCCUAGAGGGUUACUUUUAGUGUAUGAUUAUGUUUCUAAUGGUACAUUAGCUGAUCAUCUACAUGGUGUUUAUAAAAAGGGCUCUUUGAAGUGGAUUGUUAGAGUUGAGAUUGCUUUGCAAAUUGCAUUAGCUAUUGAGUAUUUACAUUUCUCUGUGUUGCCACCUAUUGUACAUAGAGAUGUGACUUCAACAAACAUAUUUGUGGAGAAAGAUAUGAGGGUGAAAGUUGGAGAUUUUGGGCUUUCAAGAUUGUUGAUUUGUCAAGAAAAUGGGGUGAUGCCAGGUAAUGGACUUAACGGACCGGGUUCGGGUUGUGUUUGGACUGGCCCACAAGGGACACCGGGGUAUUUGGAUCCUGAUUAUUAUCAGUCAUUUAGGCUUACUGAGAAGAGUGAUGUGUAUAGUUUUGGUGUGAUUUUAUUGGAGUUGAUUACUGGUAUGCGUGCUGUGGAUUCUAGGCGAGAAAAGAGUGAAAUGGCAUUGGUAGAUUUAGUUGUGCCGAAGAUUCAAAUGGGGUUGUUGGAGGAUGUUGUGGACCCGGUUUUGGCGGGCGAUAGGGUGGCGAUGGAGGGUGUUGGUGCAGUCGCAGAGCUGGCUUUCAGGUGUGUUGCAGCAGAGAAAGAUGAUAGGCCUAAUGCUAGGGAGGUGGUGGAGGAGUUGAAACGGAUACGGGGAUGUUCACGUGGGAUUGUCCGGUUGGGGAGUUCGACCAAUGUGGUAGUUCCUGAAUGUGGUCCUAUUGUUGUUUGAAUCUUCGAAAGUAGGACAAUUUCAGAUUCAUUGAUGUAUUUGGCCUGUUGCGUUUAGGAACUCUUUUCCGAAUGGCAGACAAAACUUUGAGAGACUUCCUAUUUAUAAACUUGCGUAUGCAUCCUUUUACUGAAGCAUGAGUUGUCGACUUUCAACACAUCGAAAGGAAAGGAUAUGAUAAUUGUGGAGUACUGUUUAGCAGCCGGCGACGAAGAAAGAUGAUAGGCCACAUGGGGCUGUUGGUGUUUGAAUGCUGGGGAGGUAAUUGAGGUUAGAUCUCACUGGAGUUGUGGUUUUAGUAUGUACAUAUGAAAUUUUGAACUGUAUUUUCCCCACAGUUUCUGACUUUUGUUACUAUGGUCCAUCACAAAUUUAUUCUGGGGAUGUAACUUGUCUACUAUAUAAUGAAGUAUAUCGCUCUCA